GGACACUUUGCCUUCCCCUGUCACUAGUUUUGCAGAUUAAUCGAUCCCAUAUUUCAUUGAUUUGAUUGGAGAUCACUAAAUAUAUUGACUUAAUCCAGAUUUGUCCAUCUUUACUUGAAUAGGAGGAUUGGAAAAUCUGAAGAAAAUAGAAUCCCACAAAGAGUGGAGCCAUGUGAGAGUAGAUGACAAGUGUUUAGCAUAUCAGGUUCGCCAUUUAUGGAAGAAAGAAUGAAUUUUUAAUUUGUAGUUAAACAUAAAAAUGUCUUCUUUUUCAAGUGCAAAUCCCAUGUGUACGAAUUCUGAUUCCAGAGAAUGUGGAGAUCUUUAAUGGUAGAAUGAUUUGAUUUUGGUGUUGUAUAGCUAAUGGAAGCAGAAUGUUUUCCCAAUUUCCAAUUUGCCCCUCAACAAUUAUUCUCUUCUUGUUGCCCAUUUGCUCUACAACUGUUAGCCCUAAGAGAUAAGGCAUAAGCACUACUGUUGAGUCUUCAUCCUUCAUGUUAUUUUAUUAGAUUCUUUUUUAUUUUUUAUUGUAUAAAUUUCAAUUUAAUGGUGAAAAUAUGGCGUCUCUAUAAAUUGAGAACCAUUCGUGGCGACACACGAGUGCUGUAGUUUGUUAAGUUCGCUUAGAUUACUUGCUCAUCAAUCAUCAUCGAACUAAACUCUCACCAAAACAAGAAGUCGGGCAGCGCCGAAACCAUGUCGUCGUUAAUGACGGAUUUUCUGCGGGAAGCGGGUGGAACCGCCGUGAUUGAUGGUGGACUUGCGACGGAACUCGAACGUUACGGCGCUGACCUCAACGAUCCCUUGUGGAGCGCCAAGUGUCUCCUCACUUCUCCUCACCUCAUUCGCCAGGUUCAUCUGGACUAUCUUGAAGCUGGUGCAGAUAUUAUAAUCACAGCGUCAUAUCAGGCCACCAUCCAGGGUUUUGAGCAUAAAGGCUUCUCUAGAGAAAAAAGUGAAGCCAUGCUGAGAAAAUGUGUCGAAAUUGCCUGUGAGGCACGGGAUAUGUAUUAUAAGAGAUGUAGUGAAAGUGCUGGUGAUAGCAUUGGAGAAGGUAGGAUUCUUAAACAUCGUCCAAUUUUAGUUGCAGCAUCUGUGGGAAGUUAUGGAGCAUAUUUGGCUGAUGGAUCUGAGUACAGUGGAAACUAUGGCGAUUCAAUCACACUAGAAGCUUUGAAAGACUUUCACCGCAGAAGGGUUCAGAUCCUGGUGGAAUCGGGUCCUGACAUAAUAGCAUUUGAAACAGUUCCAAAUAAGCUCGAAGCUCAGGCUUAUGCUGAGCUCUUAGAGGAAGAGGACAUAAAAAUUCCUGCUUGGUUUUCUUUUAACUCUAAAGAUGGUGUCAAUGUGGUUAGCGGUGAUUCGUUACUUGAAUGCGCCUCAAUCGCUGAAUCAUGCAGAAAAGUAGUUGCUGUAGGAAUCAACUGCACACCUCCUAGAUUUAUCAAUGGACUGAUUUUAGCUAUUAAGAAGGUUACUACUAAACCGAUACUCAUAUAUCCCAACAGCGGUGAAUUUUAUGAUGCUGAUCGGAAGGAGUGGGUGCAAAAUACUGGGGUUUCAGAUGAAGAUUUUGUCUCUUAUGUAAGCAAAUGGUGCGAGGCUGGGGCUUCCCUUGUGGGUGGUUGCUGUCGAACAACUCCAAAUACUAUCAGAGCCAUAUACAGGACCCUUGCCAAUAUAACUGCUGACGUGCCCUUGCAGCAGCCACAGUGCUUGUGAAUAGAGUAAAGAUAAAUCAUACCGAGAGCCAGAAGGAGUUUUAAUAACUUGACCUUUUAUAGUUUUUUUCGUUCGUGUGAUGGCUGAAGGUGAACCUGACUUGAGACCUUGUGCUCAAAUCUGGGUUGAAUUUCUGCUGUUGAGGAUGAGGUUUGGGCAAUGCACUUGUAUCAUCUCUUACAGAAGAACAUUUGCCGAUAAUCGCUUAUGUACAGUAGCAGAGAUCCCAUAAACGUCAAAGUGUCUUUAAGUUGAUGCUUGGUCCAAAUUCCGAAUGAAGUUGCCUUUUUGUUGUUAUUUCUUUGACUAGUUAAUAGAACUGUUUUAUU